AUGCUGGCAUUGCCUGCCGCCUUACUCAUCUCCAUCGUCGCUGCCAUACCCUCACCUGCUGCUUAUGUAGAGCAACGACCCUUCUCAGCGCCAGCACCUCCCACUCCCUCACGAUGGCGGAUGCUGUCGGAUAAGCUGAUUGAUACGGUGUUUGGCAAUUUUGAUGAUCAACCCGGACCAGAUAAGAUCUUGAGAGGCAAUAGACAGGCUCCACCACAUACCUUUGCGAGAUACGGCAGUGAUAUCGUUCUACGCUUCAAUGUCAGCACAGCAGAAGAGGCGAAGAGUUUAGCGGAGGCGGCAGAUACGCUCAUAUUAGACGUCUGGGAGUACGCGGAAGAUUGGGUGGAUAUUAGGUUGAGCAAGGACAUUGUGGCACCUUUGCUUGGACUUCUGCCUGCUUCAUUACAGCACUCGCAUACACCACUUCUUGGACAACGCGAUCUUGUGCAGGCCAUCUUCGACACAUAUCCGUCGCCGAAGGGUCAGAAUGAUCAAAGUAUACAGACCACGAACAGGGCACCUUCGCCCGUCUUUGGCUCCUCGCUGAAGCCAUCGCGAGAAGGCGAAAGCAACAUAUUCUUCGCCGACUACCAGCCUCUGUCGGUCAUUGAUCCGUGGAUGAGACUGCUCGCCUCGCUCUUUACCACACACGUGCGUAAAGUCACCAUCGGCGUAUCUGGACAAGGUCGCGACAUUGUCGGCUUGCGUGUUGGUGUACAUCCGACAAAUAAUGACGAGCCAUCUUCGAAACGCAAAACCGUCCUCGUAGUUGGUGGAAGUCACGCUCGCGAAUGGAUCAGUACAGCCUCUGUCAACUUCGUGGCUUAUAGUUUGAUAACAGGCUACGGCAAGAUACCGAGCAUCACCCACAUGCUAGAGGACUUUGACUUUGUUUUCGUGCCGUCUCUGAACCCAGACGGAUAUGCUUAUACCUGGAAUACAGAUCGUCUAUGGCGCAAGAACCGACAGUCGACCAACUUCCGCUUCUGUCAAGGUAUCGACAUCGAUCGUGCUUUUGGCUACCAAUGGGACGGCGAUGUCACAACAACCGGCAACCCUUGCUCCGAAAGUUUUGCAGGCGAACAACCCUUUGCGGCCACUGAGGCGAAGCGUCUAGCAGACUGGGCGAAGAACGAGACGAAACACAACAACGUCGAGUUUGUCGGCUUUCUAGACCUCCACAGCUACUCGCAGCAAAUUCUCUACCCAUACAGCUACUCCUGCGACGCCACUCCGCCAGGCCUCGAGAACCUCGAGGAGUUAGCCUUUGGUCUGGCGAAAGCUAUCAGGAUCUCAGGCGGCCACAGCUACGAAGUCAUGCCGGCAUGUGAAGGCAAUGUCGCGUCCUCUGCAAAAGCCGCGGAUGGCAAGCAAAGAUUAUGGCCACGUAUGGAAGCUGCAGGCGGCUCGGCACUAGAUUGGUUCUACCAUGAGAUGAAAGUGAGGUACGCGUACCAGAUCAAGUUGAGAGAUCGAGGGACGUAUGGGUUUCUGUUGCCGAGGGAGAAUAUCGUGCCGACUGGUAAGGAGGUUUUGGAGGCGGUGCUUUACUUUGGGAAUUUCUUGGGUGAGGUUUAUGAUGCUGCGGGUGCUACUAAGAGUCGUGUUGAGCUUCGGCCGAUCUUGGACGACACCGGCGGGAUGGAUGGGAGGAUUGAGUCGGAAGGCGAGGCCAGUACUGAGCUCAAGGUAGAGGACAUCUAUGAGGACGAUGACUCCUUCGGGCCCGCGGACAUGCAGUGGGAUCUGCGGCGGAGGCGUAGGCAGUGA